GUUUGUUAUAUUUUUUGUUUAAUUUUUUUUCCCACCCUUCUUAUUUCCUUUAUUUUAACUUUAAUUUUUAUUUACACAUAUAAGCUUUACCAAACAAUCAACUAAGAAAGAAAAAGAAUGAGUAGCUAUGAAGAAGAACGCGAAAAACAAAUCCGCGAAAACGCCGAGUUUCUUGCCAGUCUCGGUAUCCAACCACCAGUCGCUCACCAGCCAUCAGCUCCUAAACGCCUAAACAGAAAGCUCAGCACAGAAGAGGGCGACUACCUCCCCCACCGUGAACCCAGCCAACGCGUGCGCAAACAACCAUUAUCCUACAACGACGACUACCCAUCAUACCUUCUGCCAAGCAAAAAAACCAAGGGCAAAAGUAACAACACUGCAGCUUUGCGCAGGGCCAAUCCCGGAAGACGCGUAAUACACGGGCGGGUCUACGAUCCUACGCUCGGAGUUACCUGCCAUCAAUGCAGGCAAAAAACAACAGAUCCAAAGAUCCGCUGCGGCAACCAAGGAUGCACCAUGGCGUUGGACCAUAGGUGCCUAUUGGUCAGAUAUAAUGAGGACGCUGUGGAGAUUCUAAACACCGGGGAGAUGUGGGAGUGUCCGAGAUGCCGCGGUGUUUGUAAUUGCUCGUUUUGUAUGCGCAAGCGUAAUCGGUUGCCGACCGGCCAGCUGGCGACGUUUAUUAAGGUCAAUGGCGAGGAAGAGGCGAAAAAAAUAGUCGGCGGCGAGCUUUCUCCGCUGGUGGUGUUCCCGGAACCCCGCAAAGGGAGAAAAAACAAAAGGUGGCAGGCUGAUGAAUCCGACGACGACCAGGAGCAGGAGGGUGGGUUGAUGGCUGGGACCAAAGUGCAGCGGAGGACGGGUGUUAAAAGGUAUGCGACGAGGCAGAGUGGCGGCGAUGCUCGCAGGAGGAUUGCUGAAAUGGCGGGGUUUGAUUCAGACAGCAGCACUGCCGCCCAGGACACGGAUGAGGACGAGGAUGAGGACGAGGACGAGGACGUCGGUGGCCGUUACCAUGGCCGCGAGUGGGCCGGCUGGGAGGCUAUCCCGGCCGAAAUCAACUGCAUUGUUCUUAUCUAACAAAUAGACACACGCAUACAUGCAUAUAAUCAACAA